AGAGUGACUGACCCAGCAGCAGGUUACAGGUUAAGAGGUUCAUUUACUUACACUUUGCUGGGUGACCCUUUAAGUGCACCAUGGGUAACAUGGUUGUAAGGAAUAACUUUGAAUGGGUCUACACAGACCAGCCUCACUCAGAUAGGAGGAAAGAAAUACUAGCAAAAUAUCCUCAGAUCAAGAAUUUAAUGGGACCCGACCCACACUUCAAGUGGAUUGUCACUUUCAUGGUUAUGGUCCAGAUACUGUCAUGUUUUAUUGUCCGUGAUCUACCUUGGAAGUGGCUACUUUUCUGUUCUUAUGCAUUUGGGGGUGUAAUAAACCACUCCCUUACCCUGGCAAUCCAUGACAUCUCGCACAAUGUAGCUUUUGGAAACAAAUCAGCAAGGUGGAACCGCUUCUUUGGCAUGUUUGCUAACUUACCUAUUGGUGUGCCCUAUUCCACAUCCUUUAAAAAGUACCAUAUUGACCAUCACCGUUAUUUGGGUGGGGAUGGCUUGGAUGUGGAUAUCCCAACAGACUUUGAGGGACGUUUUUUCUGUACCCCCAUUCGCAAGGUCCUUUGGAUAGUAAUACAACCUCUGUUGUAUGUUCUGCGUCCACUUUAUGUCAACCCCAAGCCCAUAACUCAUCUGGAGAUCAUAAAUGCUCUAGUUCAGUUUUCCUUUGACCUAAUAAUAUAUUAUCUGUGGGGACUUAAGCCUGUGGCAUACUUGAUUGCUGGAUCAUGCCUCUCCAUGGGGUUCCACCCAAUAUCAGGGCAUUUUAUAGCUGAACACUACAUGUUUUUGAAAGGUUAUGAAACAUACUCAUACUAUGGACCACUCAACUUGUUAACGUUCAAUGUUGGCUAUCACAUGGAACAUCAUGACUUUCCAAGCAUCCCUGGGAGCAAACUUUCACUGGUCCGUAAAAUCGCUCCGGAGUAUUAUGACACCCUUCCAUAUCACACAUCAUGGGGGAGAGUGCUUUGGGAUUUUAUAUUCUGCAAGGAACUGGGACCUUUCUCACGUGUCAAGAGAGAGUGUGAACUAGCAAAGAAGGACUAAAAGAUCUGUGGAAAAAAACUAUUUAUUUUCAUGAUACUGUGUGAUGUGUUUUAUAUUCUGAGCUUCAGUUCUUAAUUAAGCGUGCAUCCAAUUUCUGUUUGCGUGGAUAUUGUGUUUUACUACCUCUUCCACCAAAAGCAUCUUCUCUUGGCUGGUAUUUAUGCUUAGAUGAAAUAUAAAUUUUCAGCUUGUUGCCCUUUAUUAGGAGACCCUAGAUUUUGAAGAGGUCUAUGAGACAUAAAGUUGUGAAUUGUCAUUUUAUUCAUUUUUUUGACAAUUUGGAUGCAACUAAGCAUUAGCAAUGACAUAAUUACACUGAACACAUUAAGUGGAUUUGGUGUUUGAAUAUAUUAAUUAGAAGUUUUUUCCAAUUUUUGAUAUGAUUUUAAAUGUAAUACAACAGAAUAUUUGUUACCAUAAUAUGGCAACAGAUACUGGUCCCUGGUUGCAUUCUUCACAAAACUGCUUUGAUGCGAGUCACUUAACCGGGUGACAUAUGAGAAUCUUAAUGUUCUUAAAGUUUUACACUAUUCCUUUCAUGUAAACAUGUCAUUUGCAGUCUACUCCAUGACAGUUGCCUAUGAGCAAAUUGGGUAUAACACUAGGAGCCAAAA